AUGCGUUUUUUGGGUACCGAAUUAAUUGAUUCAGUGGAGCUCUAUUUGCCGUUCUAUUCUGUCCAAAGGGGCUGGGGUAUUCGAGCUUUGCAUGCGAUUCCAAAGGGCACCUUUCUGUGCACUUACGCCGGUGCUAUUUACGAUGAAAGUACGGCUGUCCAGCAAGGUUUCGAUUACGGGGAUGAGUAUCAAGCAGAAUUGGACUACAUUGAGACGGUUGAGAAACCGAAGGAUGGCUAUGAGUCAAUGCCGGAAGAUCCAGAUGAGAAUAACGAUUCCUCAAUGCAUGAUAAACCAGAUCCACAGUUAAAAAAAUCCCAAUCCACUCCUGCAUUUUCGAACCUGUGUGAUAAUACAGGACCAACAUCAAAACCAUUAAGUCGACCAAGUAGUGCACAAGCCUUGGAUGAAAUGGACACAGAAAGUCGAGCAGACGCGUGCAGCGAUUCCUCCUCUCUAUCAGACUCGAUUCCUAUUGAUUGUAGUGAUGGUGAUAGGACUCCCGCGGCUGUCACAGAUCUUAUCAACACAAAUGACGAUUCUGACUGUCGGAUUGUCAAAGUUAACAAAGAUAGUUUGUCCUCCACAUCCAGUGCCUCCAACUCCACAGACGCUAGCGAACUGCGAGUGCUCCCCGAACAACUUGCGUCACCACGCCCGAGGGUUUCUGUCGGGAGCCCAAAAUCGCAUCCUGCCGAUUCUCCCGAAGUUCGACGUGCAGGGGAUCACCCGGACAGUAUAUCUGAUAGUUCGAUGCAAAAUAUAAUUACCGAGGGGGAACUCGUCAUAGACACGUCGGACACUGAUGUAGACGAAAACCGAUCCCUAGUGGAUCCAACCUCUCCAAUCCCCGUAUCGUCUACCGAGAGUCCCCCGAUAGAUUUGCCAGUCUCGUCUAUGGCUGAAAUGACAUGUCUUCCUGCCUCAACAAUGAAAGAGGCAUCAACGAACUUAAAAAUCUUGGACCCCUCCUCUGAAUCGAAUGGGCCUCUCCCAGUUGCCACUACCGCGUCGACUGAUUCACAAGACGUCCCGGACACGGAGCUGUCACAGAGGUGCACAGAUAGUGAUGCGAUUGAUAAGCCACAGUUGUCUUUUGUAGUGGAGAAACCGGUAAAAUCAGGUGAUUCAUCUGAUGCGGUUAAACUGAACUCCGACCAAACGGAUGAUACGAAAAAGGAGGAAGGCAGCGUAUCAUUGAAACAGCCCGAUAAAGUUGGCAAAUCCGAUAAAACGGAAUCAGACGCGGAGUCCAAUCCGGAGGAAGAGAAUCGAUCUCAGAAACUACAACCCAGGCCUAAGCGCACUUGUGUAAAAGCGCGUUCCAAAAGCGUCCCAAGGGAAUUCUGGUCGUUGUACAAUGCGCGUCAUUUGUUAGAUAUGGUCGAUUUUGACCGUGUUCCGGUUGUGCAACUCAUCCCACUCAGUCGUGAGUUUCACAAAUGCACGUAG